CUUCGAGGAUGGAUCCGUUUGAAAGUCAGGCAAGGGAACUGGGUCGUGUGGAAGGCCGCGCGGAAGCGUUGGAGGAGAUCGCAUCCCUUCAUGCUCAGAUCGCAUCGCUCUAUGGCCAGAUCGAAGACAUGGCUCUGUCACAGGAAGGACGGACGAAGGCGUUGAUGUCCGACGUGUACAAGGAGAUCAAAGCCACAUUCAAGCAGCACACAGAGUUGUUGGCGCCGAAGCAGGUGGUCGAAAUAUGCAAACCUAGUCUUCGCCGCGUGGCUGAGCUUCAUUUGGGCAACAUCACGAGGAUACCUGAAUCUGACACGCCAACAACAUCCUCGCCGCGAUCUCAACUGCAUCGGUCACAGACAUGCGCAGCGUCCAUGAACACCACUGCCGAAUCCUCCAUGCAUGAAGUACCCUCGAGGCGGAACUCUGCACCGUCGCCUAUAUCCACAGACGCUGCCGCGCUCCAUCGGUCCGAGCCUCCUUCGGACGACUUGCCGCCCACCACGAUUGUGUCCAUCUCUGGCAGCGAAAAGAUUGGAACCGGACAUAGCGCGUACAUGGUAUACUGGAUUGUCGUUCAUAGACAUGGCGUGGGGGGGGAUGCUGGCGCUACGACUGUGAAGCGGCGGUUCAAGGAUUUUGCCUGGUUGUGGGAGCGCCUUUCUAUCGUGUAUCCAUGCGCAUGCAUACCCUCCUUGCCCCCAAAGAGUUCGUUACUACGAGGAGGUCAAUCCCGAUUUCAGCCGGCAUUCACGGAGCGGCGGCGGCGGUUGCUGGAGCGCUGGGUGACGUACAUUUCACUGCAUGAUGCAUUGAGCAAGUCGCCGUAUACUCACUCGUUCCUGCAUGACGCCAUCCUCCAUCCCGAUUCCAUCGCCCUUCCUCGGUCGACCACUCCAUCUUCGUCGUCCAGCAUCAUGAUCAAUAGCACGAAAGCGAUGGGGCCAGCCCACGCCAAACAACGGAUGAAUCAGUCGUACAAGUCGUUGCUCGAGGCCGUGCCUCCAUUACAGCGGCGUCUCCAAAUGGUCACGAAACAAAGCGACGAGGUCGUCCAAGCGCACGUGGCCAUGGCGACGGCCGUCGAGGCCAUGCGACGCCACUGCGACAUCGUUCAGUCGUUUGAACACUCGUACGAAACACCCACGAAACACGAAAACAGCGUCGCAGAUGUAUGGGGAGCAUGGAGGGACAUUGGGAGUAGCCACGCGCGACUGCAUCAAGACACGGCCACGGUGUGGGAAGUGCAUUUGCAAGAACCGUUUGCGUUCCACCAUAUCCAUGUCCUGCCUCGGUUUGAACGUCAAGUGCACGAACUUGGCAAAGAUAUGACGGCAACCAACGUGGACAAAGUCGCCGUCGAGUGGGAUGAACUCAGCGUCGUGCGCGCCAAGACACUUGUGGCCAACUUGGUGCAAGGGGCCAUGCAGUUGGAAGCUCGACAUGGAGCGAUGCGCGACGAGUGGACAGCAUUGCGGCAGCAUUUGGUGGACACGAGCCACCCCAUGUGGAAGGUACGAGUCAGGCAGCAGAGCCGGGAAGAGGUGCCGCCGCUGGUGCAUCCGACACUCGGCCGGCCGCUAAAGCCGUGGGCCGUGCGUCCCGACGAAGAAGGAGACGGAGAUGUAGACGUCGAAGCGGCUGCUGCUUUGUUUGGGGUUGCGGGGUAUGCAGGACCGGCACGGCGGCGCCGACGGGAGGACGGCGAGACGGACGAGGCGACGGCGGCACGGACGCUGUUUGGCGGCGAGGAGGACGAGGAAGGGGAAGCCUCGAGUGACGACGGGGGAAAGCCAAUCGAGAAACCGCCGGUAGUACCGGGGGACUGGGACUUGUACAUUGAACGACUUCGACGCAAACAACUGACCAAGGCCAAGCGAGCAUUUGCCGCCGCCAGUCAAGAACAACAGGCGGCCGACGAAGAGGCGGCGGCGGCGGCGACGGCGCGAAAGACGCGGAAGCGGCCGCAGAGCUUGAACUGGCCGGGGAAACGAAGUUCGCACUUGCGCCUGGACGAACGCGUCAAGCAACAGCAGCAGCAACUGCAGCAGCCAUUAUUGCCCAGCGAACCCGAGGCCACGUUGCUGCCACCCCAGCCAGUGCGCACGACCAGUUUGCCAGCCACGACCACAGCAACUACUUCCAAUUGGAUUCAAGUGCAAACUGACGCUGGUCAAGUGUACUAUUACCAUAAGCUCACGCGGGCCACUCGGUGGACCAAGCCGGACCACGCGGUGCUGGAGAGCAUCGAAGAGCGGCUGCUGGCUCAACACGAAGCAACGCAACGCCGCCUCGAGGUGCCGCUAGGUCGAGUGGCUAGUACUACUAACAAACGUACUACUACAUAUAGGAACGACGGCAGUGGCACGAAGGCCACCGCGUGCAGCAAGAAAAGGACGCGGAAGAAGCCGUAGCCCACAGCCAGCGCAUUGAUGCCGCCGUCGCGAGUUGGGCCCACCACAAGGACGUUCAAGCGAUGCUCAACUCGCUCCAUGAGAUCUUUCCUUUCAAAGACAUGCGGCAGUGCCACGUCACGGACGACGCGACUGUCAAGAAAGGGUACAUGAAGGCGGUGCGGCUCCUACACCCAGACAAGCUGCUGCCGGCGGACUUUUCCAUGUACGAGCGGAUGCUAGGGCAGCACCUCUUCUCCACGUUGACGUCGGCGUAUGAAAAGUUUACCCCAUCCGGUUAACAUUAAGUUGUGGAAGUUUGAAGUUCAA